ACCACUCGAAAGGCGACGGCGCAGCACGCCUAGCCCUCGAACCAUUUAUCGCAGCCGUGUUGCCGUUUUCGCGUCACUCUUCGACGCCCUCAUCCUGUUCCUUUGUGAACGCGCAGUCGGGACGUGCUUCCGCGGUUAGCACGACAGCGGAAUUUAGCGCAGAGCGGUCUUUGCCGGUUGCAUAGCCGUUGGACAUGUCGGUGUCGGCAGCCUCCAUACGGCGCUCCAACCUAGGCGAGGGACCUCACUGGGACCCUGCGUCCAAGACACUUCUCUACGUGGAUGCACCUGUGGGAGACCUGUGUCGGCUGGACGUCGUCACCCGAGACACGACGGGAGUCCACUUUGACGGACUGGUCACCAUCGCUAUUCCGUACAAAUCCGACCCGAACCUGAACGUCAUCACGCUGGACAGGGAACUUCGCAAGUUCGACUGGACCACUUCGCACUCCGAAAGGCUCGCUGAGGUGGACAGCGACAAGCCCACAAACAAAUGCAAUGAUGGAAAAUGCGACGUCACUGGUCGGCUAUGGGUCGGAACGACCGGCAAGCACAACGACGGACAGUUGAUCGAGAAGGAGAACGGUUCCCUGUUCAGCGUCGACCCGGCAUCGUUGAUGGUCACCAGCCACGUGAGCAAGGUCAACCUGUCCAACGGCAUGACCUGGUCACCGGACAAUCGAAGCAUGUUCUACGUCGACUCGUUCGCGCGUACCGUCUACUCGUUCGGCUUCGACGCCACCUGUGGCACGCUGUCAAACAGGCAGGUGCUGGUGGACUUCAACGCAAUGGAAGAGUACAAAGACUGCGGAUAUCCCGACGGAAUGACCGUGGACACGAAUGGCAAGCUGUGGCUUGCCUGCUAUGCCGCAGGAAGAGUCAUCAACAUUGAUCCCGAAACAGGAAAGCUGCUCCGGACCGUUCCUCUCCCUGCGUCGAACACCACGUCAUGCUGCUUCGGCGGCGAGAACUACGACGAGUUGUUCGUCACCUCUGCCUGGAAAGGACUCACGGCGGAAAAGCAUCGUGCCGAACCUCUGGCGGGAUCAGUCUUCAGGAUCACGGACCUGGGAGCCAAGGGUUUCGCGGCGUACGCCUUCAACCGCUAAGCCAACAAUGUGACUAGCUUCCAAAUCAGGGAAGAUUAUACGUUUUAGGCACUGAGUAAUCUAGUUUUGAAUAAAGCACUUGCCUCCAG